GAGAGAGUCAGCCAUACUUGUUGUGAGGAACGUGGAAGCUACUCUCACCCACUACACACCCACGUCUCAUCAAACAUGGCAUUAGAACUUGCUCAUGAAAACAUCUGGUUCGACAAGUGGCGUGUCGAUGAUGCAGAACGUCAGUUUUAUGAAAAUAAGGCCCAGCCUGCCAUAGGAUCGCCCUGUGUGAGGCUUACUUGCACAGGUAGGCCAGUAGGGCUAGUUUACAAGGGAAGUUCGGGCCUAGGAUCCCUGGCCAGUCAGAUUGCCAAGGCACGGCAAGAAAUAAAGAAUUCCCUUGGUGGUCGCACAGGCUCUGCAGGUUGUGGUGGUGGUGGCGGCGGCAGUGUCAGUGUAGAUCUUCUGAACCGCAUCAACAAGUUAGAGGGAGAAAAUGUGAACCUCUCAAAAACUGUAUUGACCUUGCAGCAGACAGUCCUGAAUUUGACAAAGCGAUUAGAGAAAUUAGAAUGUGGAAGCAAGACCACCACAACAACUUCCACUUCAAAAAAACCAGAGCCAAUGGAAACAGAAGAGGAUGACGAUGAUGAUGUUGACUUGUUUGGCUCAGAUGAUGAGGACGAUGCAGAAGCAGAGCGAAUAAAGGAGGAGCGAUUAAAGGCAUAUGCAGAGAAGAAGGCAAAGAAACCUGGUCCUAUUGCAAAGUCUUCAGUUCUGCUUGAUUGCAAACCUUGGGAUGACGAAACAGAUAUGUCUGCCAUGGAGGCAGAAAUACGUAAAAUUGAGAUGGAUGGUCUAGUGUGGGGUGCUUCAAAACUAAUGCCACUAGCUUAUGGCAUAAUGAAGCUUUCGAUUCUUUGUACGGUUGAAGAUGAGAAGGUCUCCAUAGAUGAUCUAAGUGAAAAGAUUCAGGAAAUUGAAGAUUAUGUUCAAAGUGUUGAUAUUGCCGCAUUCAACAAAAUCUAAGAUGCCAUUCAUUCCAGUGCUAAUUGAAUAAAAGUCACUUUAUACA